AUGAAGGAACCCGAUGCCAUUAAACUUUUCAUCGGACAGAUCCCCCGUAACCUGGAAGAGAAGGACCUCAAGCCCAUUUUCGAGCAAUUUGGGAAAAUCUAUGAGCUGACAGUGAUUAAGGAUAAAUACACGGGCAUGCACAAAGGAUGUGCAUUUCUGACCUACUGCGCCCGCGAGUCAGCCCUCAAGGCACAGAGCGCGCUGCAUGAGCAGAAAACCCUACCGGGGAUGAACCGGCCCAUCCAGGUGAAGCCGGCAGACAGCGAGAGCCGAGGAGAAGACCGGAAGCUGUUUGUGGGCAUGCUGGGCAAGCAGCAGACGGACGAGGAUGUGCGGAAGAUGUUCGAGCCCUUUGGCAGCAUAGACGAGUGCACGGUGCUGCGUGGGCCUGAUGGCACCAGCAAGGGCUGCGCCUUCGUCAAGUUCCAGACGCACGCGGAGGCCCAGGCCGCCAUCAACGCGCUGCAUGGGAGCCGGACGCUGCCGGGCGCCUCCUCCAGCCUGGUGGUGAAGUUUGCCGACACGGAGAAGGAGCGGGGGCUGCGCCGCAUGCAGCAGGUGGCUAACCAGCUGGGCAUGUUCAGUCCCAUCGCCCUCCAGUUCGGGGCCUACAGCGCCUACACCCAAGCACUGAUGCAGCAGCAGGCCGCGCUGGUCGCUGCCCACUCCGCCUACCUCAGCCCCAUGGCCACCAUGGCAGCCGUGCAGAUGCAGCAGAUGGCCGCCAUCAACCCCAGCGCCCUCAUUGCCACGCCCAUCACCCCCAUCACCCCCUCCUCAGGUACCAGCACGCCGCCCACCAUCGCCGCCACACCGGUCUCGGCCAUCCCGGCCACGCUGGGCGUCAACGGCUACAGCCCAGUGCCCACGCAGCCUGCAGGGCAGCCCGCCUCCGAUGCCCUUUACACCAACGGUGUCCACCCCUACCCAGCACAGAGCCCAGCCGCCCCCGUGGACCCCCUGCAGCAGGCCUACGCCGGGAUGCAGCACUACACAGCCGCCUACCCCGCCGCCUAUGGGCUGGUGAGCCCAGCCUUCCCGCAGCAGCCAGCCAUCAUCGCCCAGCCACCCCCGCAGCAGCAGCAGCAGCGGGAAGGCCCCGAGGGCUGUAACAUCUUCAUCUACCACCUGCCCCAGGAGUUCACGGACGCCGAGAUCCUGCAGAUGUUCCUGCCCUUCGGCAAUGUCAUCUCCGCCAAGGUCUUCGUGGACCGUGCCACCAACCAGAGCAAGUGCUUCGGGUUCGUUAGCUUCGACAAUCCGGCCAGCGCCCAGGCCGCCAUCCAGGCCAUGAACGGCUUCCAGAUCGGCAUGAAGCGCCUCAAGGUGCAGCUCAAGCGGCCCAAGGAUGCCAACCGGCCCUACUGAGCCAGGUCCGGAGCCCGGUGGAGGAGGGGACCCCCCAGCCCUGCCCCCCGGCACUGCCCCUACAGCUCCAGCCUGGGGGACAUGGGGAGGCGUGGCCCAGCCUGACCACCCCCAGCUGCUGGGGGCUUUGACUCCCCGCAGCCCCAUGCCCUGAUGCUAGCCAGGCAGAGACUGUGGGGGGACAAAGGGGUGGAGGGGAAGGGAUCGUGGCCCUGCUUUGCAUCCUCCCAGCUAUGGGGCAGGUGGGGAGUGGGAUGACCCCAGCCCUGCCCCCCGCCCUCCCCCGCGCGAGCCUGGGCCCAGGCAGUUCAGCCCCGCCUCGGAGCCGCCUUCUCAGCAAACAGGACCAAACCUGGCUCCGAGCCCCGGGGCCCUUUGCGGGGGUGGGGAGCGGGGGGAAACUGAGCGCCAGGGGCAGCAAGGAGGCCGAAGCGGCCUGCAUCUGCCCCGGUGCCAGCUCAGUGCUCACGGUGGGGGCUCAUUGUGGCUCUGCCCCCCAUGCCCACCUCACCACCAACACCCCCAUCCUGCUGCUCCAGGCUGAAGCCUCCCCAGCCCCUUGCCCCCACUGACAAACCGCUG